AUGGAAGUUCUGCGCCCACAGCUUGUGAGAAUUGGCGGACGGAUUUACAGGAAGAAUCCCAUUCAAGAGCAGACGUACCAGCAUGAAGAGGAGGAGGAGGACUUCUAUCAAGGCUUCAUGGAGUGCGCAGAAGAACCCUGUGAUGGCUACGAGGUGGUGCAGACCCAGCAAGGCUUCCAGUGCACCGUGAAGGCCCCCAGCCUGCUCUACAAACAUAUAGUUGGAAAGAGAGGGGACACUAAGAAGAAACUAGAGGUGGAGACCAAAACUUCUAUUAGUAUUCCUAAACCUGGACAAGAAGGAGAAAUUGUAAUCACUGGCCAGCAUCGAAGUGGUGUAAUUUCAGCCCGAACUCGGAUUGAUGUUCUUUUGCUCACUUUUAGAAGAAAGCAGCCCUUCACUCACUUUCUUUCCUUUUUCCUCAAUGAAGUUGAGGUUCAGGAACGAUUCCUGAAGUUCCAGGAGGAAGUACUAGAGAAGUGUUCCAUGGAUCAUGGAGUUGAUAGCACCAUUUUCCAGAAUCCCAAAAAACUUCACCUAACUAUUGGGAUGUUGGUACUUUUAAAUGAGCAAGAGAUCCAGCAGACAUGUGAGAUGCUAAAGCGGUGUAAAGAGGAUUUCAUUGACGACAUUGCUGGGGGCAAACCCCUAGAAGUAGAGAUGGAAGGGAUAGAAUACAUGAAUGAUGAUCCUGGCAUGGUGGACGUUCUUUAUGCCAAAGUUCAUAUGAAAGAUGGCUCCAACAGGCUGCAGGAAUUAGUUGAUCGAGUUCUAGAACGUUUUCAAGCAUCUGGACUAAUAAUGAAAGAGUGGACUAGUGUGAAACUCCAUGCUACCGUCAUGAAUACCCUAUUAAGGAAAGACCCCAAUGCUGAAGGCAGGUACAAUAGCCACACAGCAGAUGGCAAAUAUAUCUUCAAGGAAAGAGAAUCAUUUGAUGGCAGAAACAUCUUAAAGCUGUUUGAGAACUUCUACUUUGGUACCUUAAAGCUCAAUUCAAUCCACAUCUCUCAGCGGUUCUCCGUAGACAGCUUUGGAAACUACGCUUCCUGUGGACAAAUUGACUUCUCCUGA